AUGGCCUGCUUCCGGCCAGGCCUGCUUCCGGUUCCAGUGGCAUGGGAAGCAGAAGAGGCAGUAGAGGGGGCAUGGCCUGACCCACCCACCGGGGUGUGGCCUUCCGGCAGGCCUGUCCCACCCACCAGGGGCCCUCCCAGGGGCGUGGUCAAGGAGGCAGGAUGGGAGGGUCCCGACGUCACGGAAAUCGACGCAGAGUUGGAGGUGGGACCCGAUGCGGGGGCGGCGACCGACGGAAGGGGAAGAGAUAUUAGGCUGGCAGGAACCCGAGGGGCUUCCCCCGAAGCUGCAGAGUCAGAUGCCUACGAGGUGUCAGCAGGUCCAGGGAGCAGGAGUCUUCUUGAAACAGAAGAACGGCUGUCCCUGGAAUUGGCGGCGAACGGCGCUUUGGAUCCUGAAGCGAUGGGUCACAGAUCCAAGAGACGCUCUUCGAUGGCCAGGGCAGUGGUCAACAUGUUCAGGCGCCAAUUAGGAAACCUUGCUAGCAAGUCCUACCGCAGCAGGAUCAAGUGCCUGCUACAAAUCUCCUACCAGGUCAAUGGCAUCCUGGCUUGUAUCAGGAAUGGUGGUAUCAGGUGUGGCCAGCAGGAGCAGGGAGGUUAUCCUUCCCCUGUACUCAGCACUGGUGAGGCCACACCUUGAGUGCUGUGUCCAGUUCUGGCCCCUCAGUUUAGGAAGGACAUUGAGAUGCCUGAGCAUGUCCAGAGGAGGGCAACGAGGCUGGUGAGGGGCUUGGAACACAAAGCCUGUGAGGAACAGCUGAGGGAGCUGAGGGUGUUUAGCCUGGAGAAAAGGAGACUCAGAGAUGACCUUAUCACUUUCUACAACUCCCUGAAAGGUGGCUGUAGUCAGGUGGGGUUGGUCUCUACAGCAACUGACAGAACCAGAGAUCAUAGUCUCAAGCUGCACCAAGGGAAAUAUAGGUUGGAUAUUAGGAAAAAGUUUUUCACAGAAAGAGUGAUAAAGUAUUGGAAUGGUCUGCCCAGGGAAGUGAUGGAGUCACCAUCUCUGGAUGUGUUUAAGAAAAGACUGGAUGUGGCACUCAGUGCCAUGGUUUAG